AUGACGGCGUUGAGCAACAGCAACGAAGCCCCCGAGGACCAGAGGAGGGACGAGAAUCAGGAGCGAUGCUCCGGCUGGCGUGUCUUCAAGGAGAUCAGGUGGAUGGCUGCGUACGUGAUGGCCGUGUUCAUCGUCACCCUGUCGGUGUUUCCUGUGAUCACGAGCAGAGUUCAGACCGUCUCCAAGGACAACGCCGCCUGGGACAAAGUGUUCACCUGCGUUUGCUGCCUCAUCGUUUUCAACGCCAUGGACCUCUUGGGCCGCAUUGCCACCAUUUUCGUCCAAUGGCCCUCGAAGGAGAGCCGUUGGCUUCCCAUCGCCGUGGCGUCUCGCGGGCUCUUCGUCCCUCUGCUCAUCAUGUGCAACGUGCAGAACUUCAGAUCUCCCGCCGUCUUCCGCAGCGACGGUUUCUUCGCCUUCAUCAUGGCGCUGUUCGCCGUCUCCAACGGGUACCUGGCGAGCCUCUGCGUGGCCUACGCUCCACGGUUGGUGCGGGGUGCAGACUGCGAGGCGGCCGGCCUGGUGAUGAGCCUCUUCAUGGUCCUGGGCCUGUCGCUAGGAGCGUUUCUCUCCUUCUGGUACAUGAGAGUUCUCAGCUGUGAUCUCAGCAGCUGCCAUUGAUUCCAGGUUCGCGUCCACAUUGCUCCUCUCAACCUCCGCAAACGUGUAGCACGAUGGCCGCGCGCGUGACGAAGACGCGACGCCCUCGUUUCCAGACUGAUCCGUUUCCAGAGCGCCGAAGAGGCUCGGCGUGAACGUAGCAGAACACGUGCGUUUUGAAGGGGAAACGCUGUGUGUGGAUGUCGCCUCAGAAUAGUGAUCACUGGUGGGAACUGUUUGUAAUCUACAGAAUUAUAAAGCUCAAGCUUCUUCUUAACUGUUUUAAUAAGGGA